CCGGUACUUUCCAUCUGCCCAUUGGUGAGAUGACCAUAACCCUGGAUGAUGUGUCUUGCUUGCUUCACAUUCCGAUUACCGGUAAAAUGCUCAACCACCUUGGAACGUCAUGCACAGUUGAAGAAGGUGAAGAUAUGUGUUACGAGUACCUAAACUUCUCAAGAACUGAAUGCAGAAAGGAAUUUAAAAAAAUGAAAGGAGCACAUAUUGGGUUUUUCAUGCUGGAUAAGAUAUAUACGGAAAAUAUGAAAGCUGUGGUGCGAGCUGAAAAAAAAAAGAUGCCGGAUGAUAAAGUGCAGCAUUUGAGGGAAUGCACGAUUAGAUCAUUUUUACUGUACUUGCUUGGUGCAACACUUUUCACCAACAAAAGCAUGCAGUAUGUAGAUGUCAUUUUCCUGACUUACUUGCAAGACCUAAGUUUGGUUAAUACAUGGAAUUGGGGUGCUUCUGGGUUGGCUUAUAUGUAUAACUACUUGGAUGCUGCAAGUCGCCCGAGAUGUGGAAAUCUUGGUGGUUACAACGCCAUGUUUCAUGCAUGGAUUUUGUCGCAUUUCGAGAGGUUCGGAUCGCGAUAUGUUGACACUAACUACAGCCAUAAUGAUCCAAUUGCGGCCAAGUAUUAUCCAUUUAAAGGUGGAAAAUGUCCAACUGAGCAUAGGACCACAUUGGAUCGGAUGGAGGUUGAUGAGGUAACGUGGCGCCCAUAUGAGGAUCACAGACAAACACGCCCAUUUGAAGAUAUUAGUUGGUACACCGGCUGGAUUAUGUGUGGAACCGCUAUGAUCUCUCCAUAUUUGCCAGAGCGUGUCCUCAGGCAAUUUGGACAUGUGCAGUCUAUUCCCAGACAUCCAGAUGUUUCUGCAAAGGCUGGUAUGACUCGGUUUAGUAUUGCUGAAGCAUUUGCUGAUUAUUUGGUUGCUAACUAUGUCACAGAGGAAAUGCGUGGCCCGAGAGCACAUAAUGGCUUUGAGACCGUUGACGGAUACAUUGCUUGGUUUUAUCGUGUCUCGCAUCCGAAGUUAUGGGCACCAAUUGAUGGGAACCCGAAAAGACCUGCCGAUUAUGAAGUAUUGCUUGAGGAGGACAUUGCUGCAGAAAAAUGUGACGUGUUUGAAAUUUGUAAGACGGUGCACGCAGAGGUGAGGGAAAAGCUUGAUGGUGACUUGACAUUCGAGGAGGCAAAGGAGCUACUUGAAAAGGUUUACAAUGAUUUGACGCCUGUGGUGACAUAUUCUGUGCGACGAAGGAAAAAGGCAGACUCGGGUGAAGGAAAAAAGCGAAAGAGGAAGAAGAAACGUUCAGGAGAGGAGGCUGGAGAGGAGGCUGGUCCAAGUAGUCAUUAGGAACAAAGGACUUUAAUGUAUGUCUGGGUUGUAUUUUGUAUUUUGAACAAUUGGACUUUGUAUUAUGUACGACUAAAUUUAUGUCUUGGUUGUAUUUUGAACAACGGACUUUGUAUUUUGUGCGACUAAAUUUAUGUCUCGGUUGUAUUUUGAACAAUUGGACUUUGUUUUUUGAACAAUGGAAUGUAUUGA